AUGUUCACUUCCUCAAGUGAAGACAUCGAGAUCCCUUGCAUUUAUGACCCCUCAAACCCAAGAUUUUAUGCAAUCACGGAAGCUUCAAAAAGGUCACCAAUCUUUAGCGCUGCAGGAGAAUUGUUUGUAGGCGAGAACCUCACACAAAUAAUUUGCACUGAGGCAAAAGUUUCUGAACAUAGAGGAGAAGUACGUAGGUGCAAAGUCAACAAUGCAUUGUUGUCAUCAUUGUCUUUUGCGUCAUCAUCCACAUCACCGUUGACCUCAACAUCAGCCGCCACCACCAACACCAUAGAAAAUAAUAAAAGACAAGUAGUGGUGGUUGAUGACAAUGAAUCUCACAAGAAAGUUUGCACAGAGCUGAGUCCACCAAACAGGCCCAUCACAAGAGCAAAGCCUUACAAGUGGCGAUGA